CUCUCUCUCUCUCUCUCUCUCUGUAAUGAUGUCUGCUCUGUGUCCUGCACCCUCCGGAUUUCUUCAGUCACCCGUUCAAUCCGCUUUACCUAAUUACCCUUUCUUCUUCGGCAUUUGCAGACACCACAAUCAGAAAGCACCCCAAGGCAACUUCAUUGUCCUUGCUGCACUCUCCCUUUCUUCCUCCAACCCAACAGAGCGCCCUCGCCUACAUACUAUACACCUCCUCCACGAUCAUUAUCGAUUUCUCCCAAGGAAACACUCCCACUUGAUUUAUGUUAAUAGGAAUCACUUGGUCGAUCCCAGAACUAGUAGCUUUCAGGUCCCAGAUUUCGUAGGCACAAUCGGAUCACUACCCACUGAGGAAAGAACUGAGUUUCUCACUGCCUAUAUCAAAGAUACUGAGUUUCGUACCAUAUCCAAUUUCAAUGAUCUGCUCAUGGCUUUACUUAUAGCUGAAGAGCCUGACCUUGCCUUGAAACUGUUCUCUGAUUUAUCAUCUUAUGCGUCAAUAGAGCCAGAUUCUUGGACAUUUUCCAUCGUCAGCAGAUGCUACUGCAAGAAAAACCAUCUGGAUGAGGCCCAACGAGUGUUAGACCAUAUGGUAGAAGAAAGGGGUUUUCACCCAGACGUAGCAACAAUCACCAUGCUCAUUAAUGGGUUCUGCAAAAGAGGUAAAUUGCAGAGAGCUUUUGAGCUCCUUCAUUUCAUGGGCCGAAUCGGUUGCGAACCCACUGUUCGUACGUACAAUUGCUUGUUAAAGGGGAUGUGUUAUGUGGGAAGGGUGGAGGAGGCAUUUGAGAUGCUGAUAAAAAUCAAGGAGAGCAUGAAGCCAGACAUUUAUACGUAUACAGCUGUUAUGGAUGGUUUUUGUAAAGUGGGUCGGUCAGAUGAGGCUAUGGAACUGCUUGACGAAGCCGAAGAGAUGGGGUUGACACCAAAUGUGGUCUCUUACAACACACUUUUUCAAGGGUAUUGCAAGGAGGGGAGGCCAUUGGAGGGUAUUGGUGUUUUGAAGCAAAUGAAGCAGAGAAAUUGCAUGCCUGAUUACAUCUGUUAUAGCACUUUGUUGCAUGGGUUGUUGAAAUGGGGUAAGAUUCGGUCUGCCUUACGAACGUACAAGGAGAUGGUGGGGGAUGGUUUCGAAGUGGAUGAGAGGAUGAUGAAUACUUUCCUGAGAAGGUUAUGCAGGAGAUCUUGGAAAGAAAAAGAUAUGCUAGAAGAUGCCUAUCAAGUGUUUGAGAAAAUGAAGAAGAGGUUUUAUGUAAUAGAUCUUAGCACCUAUAGCCUAAUGAUCCAAGCUCUAUGUACGGGAAAGAAGAUUGAGCAGGCUUUGGACAACUUGCAUGAUAUGAUAAGAAUGGGGCAUUCUCCACCUAUAAUUACGUUUAACAGUAUCAUUCGAGCACUUUGUGCUGGAGGCAGGGUAGAUGAAGCCUUGUUAGUUCUGGCUCUAAUGGAUGAAGGAAGAAGAAUGCCUAACAGAAUUUCUUAUAACCUUCUAAUUGAGGAGUUGAAUAGACGAAAAUGGUUGUUGGGCGCUUGUAAUAUCUACGGCAUGGCGUUGAAGCGAGGUGUGAUUCCCAAUAGGAAACCACCACAGACGAGGAGAAAUGUGUUCAUGUAAUUCUGAGCCAUUGAAGGAUGGCAAAAACGUUCUGAUAUAAGGAUACUCCGUACGAGUAAGUGCUAUAUUUAUUAACACUGGGACAUUAAACAGAACGCCAGCGUCAAGUGUCGCUGGCUUUGAUCCA